AUGCCACCUAGGAAGUUUCAACAGAAAAAAGGCGUUCGUGUAGUAAAGCAGGCUUCCAAGUGCCCUUCAGCUCAGCAUCACCAGUCGUCUGACGAAGAGGAGGAUAUGGGCACCAUUCGUGCUUUGGUGGCAUGGGUGGAUGCUCUGGAGGGGGAGUGUUUGCAGCCUUGCGAUGCAAGGGCAGGGCCCAGUACCGCUCCUACAGGUAAGAAGUCAGCCCGCAUUGCUGAGAGGAGCUCUAAGUCAGGUAUUAUUGUUUCUUUGGUUUCUAGGAUUGGCGUUCUUGAGGCUGCAGCACCUGUACAGGAGUCUGCGGUUCUCCCUUCUCCUCUAACUUCGUCUGUGGUUCCGGUUACGUCCUUUUCUUCUGUGCCUUCAUGUCCUGCUGUUGGGUCGUUUCCGGGACAGAUUCAGUCUUCUCCGACCAGCGUCUUGCCGGGGUCGUCUGAGGCCUCUGCUUUGGGGACUUCUCCACUUGUUGCUUCUCCGGCUGCUUAUGCAGGUGUUUUAAGUCUUCCAGUCCCUGUGCGGAUCGUUCUGUGCGGCCAUUCCAUCUUGUUCUGGGCACAUCGGAGGGCCUCUUCGUCGUUUGCCGGGACACAACUGCAGCUUUCUGCAUCAGCAAUAGUUAGCUGGGAGGCGCGGAGGGGCAUGUUAUGGGACGCUUUGUUGCCACUGGUGUGCCGAACCAUGGCGUCAGCGGCUCAGCCGCAUAUUUUGUUAAUUCAUUUGGGGAAGAAUGACCUUGUGCAGUGCCCUGGUAUGGACUUGCUGCUCAAGGUCACUCAUGAUCUCACGUGGCUUAGGCGCUCUUAUCCUACUUUAAUUUUGGUGUGGUCAGAGAUGCUCAUGAGACGAGUAUGGAGGGGUGCUCUGCACCCAAAUAAGAUUGAUAGGUCGCGCAAAUGGGUGAGUAGGAAGGUCAGGGAUUUGGUUUUAUCCCUUGGGGGGGCGUGCAUAACUCAUGACAGGAUAAGGUUUUAUUCUCCUCAAUUGUUUAGGGACGAUGGUGUCCACCUGUCAGAGUUGGGAUGUGAUUUGUUCCUAGAGGAUUUGAGGUUGGGUUUAGGGAGUUUGUUUCCCUCUAUGGGUUGAGGGGACCAAGAUUGAGCUGAUCCCCUCUUGUGGCAUGGAAUUCGGGCAGGUGAGGUAUAUUGGGUUAUGUGGAGGCGGUUAAGGUAUACAGGUAAGGGGCACUCCCCAGGGAACCAUCAAAGCUUAAUGCCUGGUGGUGAACUGAGGAGUGUCCUUGUGGGACCUGCUUAUGCAUCAGGGUGAACGCCUGUACGGCGGGGCCAUGGUGCGGAGGUUGGGACCACAGAUGACUUCAGCAGCAAGGAGGGGGGUUUUCCCCCAUGUCCUUGACUAUGGAGUUAAGGUCUGAAGAGAGUAUUUGCCUUUAGAAG